AAAUAAGUAUUUUAGUAAAAUGGGCAUUACAGUACAGUAUCAUGAUUUCAUAUCACACCCAUAUACAGUAUUGGCAAAUCACUGGACAUCAUACAAUGUCACAUUAUAAAUCAUUAUAACUGGGACAAAGCCUUUGUCAUAAUUAAUUUUUCAAGGGUGGCUCUUCUAGCUACUGUAAGUUGAACAUUUACAGUUACAGUAAAAUACGGCAUUUUAUAAUAAAUAAAAAUAUUUAAAUAAACAAUAAAUUAUAAAUGAAAAAUUACAUAUAUACUGGUAUAUUAUCUAUGAAAAAAUGCUAAUGUUGAGUGGACUUGGAGUGGAUAUAAAUUAAAUGAAAUCAAGUGUGUAUUUUCAGGAACUGGACGUGGAUUAAUGGCCAAGAGGUCAUUUAAGCCUGGCGAUACUAUAGUUAAAGUUCCACCUUGUCUGCUCAUUACAACUACCACUGUUCUAAGAAGUGAUAUUGGACCAGUUAUUAAACAACAUCCAGAAUUAACGCCAAGGCAAAUGUUGUGUAUAUUCCUGUUAAUUGAAAGGCAUAAAGGACGAUUAUCCUUCUGGAGCCCGUACAUCUCUCAACUACCAGAUACGUACACAACACCUUCAUAUUUCACAGAUGAAGAACUCAAUUCCUUACCACAACAUCUCCACCAAAAGUCCUUGUUCCAAAUUGAGACAGUUAACGAUGAGUUCCAAAAAGUUAAAACAUUUUCUGAAUGUCUUAAAAGCUUGGAUUUGCAUUAUAUCAGGUUGUUCACGUUGGAGGCGUUCAGGUGGGCGUGGUUCGUGAUCAACACUAGAUCUGUGUACAUGGAUCCUGAUGUUAGCCAAUGGAAGAAUUCGCAUGAGGUUGACUCCUAUGCAUUAGCACCAUUUCUUGAUUUGCUGAACCAUUCAGCCAAAGCAGAG